UCUAGGCCCAAGUCGUCACGCCCCCAAGACUCGGGAAUUGGGCCUGUAAAUGUCAAUCGCGGGUGUUAUUUUGUCUGCGUCCUGCGGCAUUGGUCAAGAGACAAGGUACUAAUAUUAUUGUCAGCAUCAUCGCCAUCGCCUUCACCAUCACCAUCGCUUUUGCCAUUGCCAUCACAACAUCUCAUGUUUCUCUCCACAGCCAUUCUUCUCUCUCAUUCACUACUUUAUCCACUUGGUUUGGCCCUGCCACUUUCCCCUACACCAACAUUGAUAUUCUUCCUAUUCUCUUCUCUCGACCACCCACUCUGAUCAAUGCCAGUUUGGGCCUCACGCCCCGGCCACGCCAUCCCACUUACCCUUGCUACCACAACAACAAUCCGUCCUCCUUGGCCCAUGACAUCUCAUACCCACCGAGCCUGACAACCACACAACUCGCUACCGGCUUCUUCUCCGUACCACCUCUCUCACUACCACCACCUCCGCCUCUUCUCUCUUCCUUCCCCCCUCCCCUCUAUUCUUCUGUCAUCUCUCAUCCACCUUCGCCCCCGCCAUGGCCGACACCGACCAGGCUAUCGCCGAGGUCUUUCGCAAGAUCGAAAGAGAAAAGGCCCUUAUCAAUGCCGCAACCCACAUGCGACAGUCCACCUCUAAUGCCGCCGUCCAAGCACGUGUCGACAGCAACAUCAAAGAUGGCCGGAGAAACAUUUCUUAUCUGGAGGAGAAGCUAAGAGAACUGCAAAUCCGUAAGCACGGCGCCAGCAAUGACGGUGCUCCUCCCCCACCUGCCCACGGUGGUCAAGGCUAUCCCUCGCCAGACCGAAAUCAACGACAAUAUCAAUCGGGGAGCGCACCCGCCCCCCCACCAAAAGACUCUCGUGGUUAUUUCAUGCCUGAUCAAGGAGGCUAUGGAGAUCCUGGCCCUGCUGGUUACGGCCAUCCUGGUGCAGGAAUGGGACCUCCACGCGCCGCAUACGGUGAUCAACGACCAUAUAGUUCAUCCAUGGCAAAAGCCGCGAGGCCCAACUUUUCAAAAUUAGAUCUCAUCAAAUAUGAUACCCCAUACCUCGGCCCAAAGAUCCAGUUAAUGUUGUCACAACUCGAGUUCAAACUUUCCGUGGAGAAGCAGUACAAGGCUGGCAUUGAAAAGAUGGUUCGCCUCUACCAAGAUGAGGGAGAUAGAAAAAGUAGACUCGACGCCGAGGGCCGGAGGAUAGAGAGCAACCAAAAAGUCCAGCUGCUCAAACAAGCUCUCAAGAGGUACAUGGAUCUCCAUGUCGACAUUGACGCCGCAGAUGGUGCCGACGAUGAUAGUCUCAACGCCCCCAACAUGCGAAAGCCUCUGACCGGCCACCUCGAAAUGCGCAUCCACGCCAUCAAAGACGUCGACCACGCAGCCUCUUCCCGUUUCUCACGUGGGCCAGAAACCUUUGUUAUCAUGAAAGUCGAGGACAACAUUCGUGCCAAAACCCGAGCCACUCGGACAGACAGGUGGACUGAGGAAAUCCACAGCGUUGAUAUUGACAAGGCAAACGAAAUCGAGUUGACUGUCUACGAUAAAGCCGGAGAUCGUCCUUUACCCAUCGGCUUCCUCUGGAUCCGAAUAUCAGAUAUUGCCGAAGAGAUGCGACGGAAGAGGAUCGAGUCUGAAUUCCAACAGAGUGGAUGGGUUUCUGCCGACAAGAUGGCCAACGGCGGCCCCGGUUCCAGAAAUGGGCCCGACUCUACCUCAUCACCAUAUAUGCCCCCGGGAGAUGGCGCUGGCGCCGGUUCUGCCGCCGGAUUUGCUCAAAACGUCCAGCCUGUCAUGAUUGAUUCCUGGUUUUCUCUAGAGCCUGCUGGCAGGAUCCAUCUGACCAUGAGCUUUCAGAAACAGACUGGAGCACGACGUCCCUUUGAUAUUGGUCUCAACCGACAGGGUGCCGUGCGACAGAAGAAAGAAGAGGUGCAUGAAAAGCAAGGUCACAAGUUUGUCAAGCAACAAUUCUACAACGUCAUGCGCUGUGCUCUCUGCGGCGACUUCCUCAAGUAUUCCGCCGGCAUGCAGUGUGCAGAUUGUAAAUACACCUGCCACACCAAAUGUUAUCCCAAGGUCGUCACCAAGUGCAUUAGCAAGGCAAACUACGAGACCGACCCAGACGAGGAGAAGAUCAACCAUCGCAUCCCUCAUCGCUUCGACAAUUUCUCCAACAUUGGCGCCAAUUGGUGUUGUCAUUGUGGUUAUCUUCUGCCUCUAGGGAGACGCAACGCCAAAAAGUGUUCUGAGUGUGGUUUGACAUGCCAUGCUCAAUGUCAGCAUCUGGUCCCUGAUUUCUGUGGCAUGUCGAUGAUAGUUGCCAACGAAAUUCUCGAGACCAUCUCCCGCACCAAGAACCACAACAAAUCCUCAUCUAUAGGUUCAGGCAUGAGUGGACGGACCUUGAGACCAAAUUCUGGUCGGCCAGGGCCGACUUCUCCCACUCAAAGCUUUGCUGGCUCCGAUACCACCUUGAGUCAGCAAGUCUCGAAUCAAUCAUACGACCAAUCUCAGGAACAACCAAAACCUUCCUCCGCAGCGAUGAGUGCAGCCGCCUCCAUGUACAAUCAACCUCCACAAUCGCAGCAACAGCAACAGCAGCAGCGACCGCUUCAGCAGAGAGUCGUCUCCAGUGCAGCUGUUCAGGCGGCGGCUGCUGCCACAGCCCGUCCCACGUCACAGAGUUACAACCAAAACUUCAAUGAUUACAGCCCUCAAAAACAACCGGCGGCCGAUCGCUAUGCCCACGCGAGGCCGCCGGCAGCAGAGCCGCCACAGCAGCAACAUGCUUCAUACGACCCUCGAGCAUAUCAACAAUACGAUAGGCAACCGGUCCAACAGCAGGUACAGCAGCAGCAUCAACUUUCCCAGCAAGCCAUGGUCCAACAACAAAGAGCACAGCAACAGGCUCAGCAAGGUCCACAAGGCUACCACCCGGCCCCCGUCAAGCCGGCUCCAUCCGCUCAUCAACAAGUCGCCACUCCUGCCACAGGACGUGGCUCCGGUCCACGAAUUGGCCUUGACCAUUUCAACUUCCUCGCUGUCCUGGGCAAAGGUAACUUUGGAAAGGUCAUGUUGGCAGAAGCCAAAAGCUCCAAGAAGCUUUAUGCCAUCAAGGUCCUUAAGAAAGAGUUCAUCAUUGAGAAUGAUGAAGUCGAGUCGACCAAAUCCGAAAAGCGAGUCUUUUUGAUCGCCAACAAGGAAAGACACCCCUUCUUACUCAACCUGCACGCCUGUUUCCAAACAGAAACCCGGGUUUACUUUGUCAUGGAAUACAUUUCCGGAGGCGAUCUGAUGUUGCACAUUCAACGUGGACAAUUUGGACUUAAGCGAGCCCAGUUUUACGCCGCCGAAGUAUGCCUGGCGUUGAAGUACUUUCACGAAAACGGCGUCAUCUACCGCGACUUGAAGUUGGACAAUAUUCUCCUCACAUUGGACGGUCACAUCAAGAUUGCCGAUUAUGGUCUCUGCAAAGAAGACAUGUGGUAUAAGAGUGUCACAUCGACCUUUUGCGGAACCCCCGAGUUCAUGGCCCCGGAGAUUCUUUUGGAUAAGAAGUAUGGACGCGCGGUUGAUUGGUGGGCAUUUGGUGUCUUGAUCUACCAGAUGCUGCUCCAACAGUCGCCCUUCCGUGGUGAAGACGAGGAUGAAAUUUACGAUGCCAUCUUGGCUGACGAACCGUUGUACCCCAUUCACAUGCCUCGCGACAGCGUAUCAAUUCUCCAGAGGCUACUUACGCGAGAUCCUGAUCAACGCCUGGGUAGUGGCCAGGGCGAUGCGCAGGAAAUCAUGAGUCAUCCCUUCUUCAAGGGCGUCAACUGGGACGACAUCUACAACAAACGAGUCCCCACACCUUUCAAGCCUACGGUGAAGAACGAGAAAGAUACCAGCAAUUUUGACUCGGAAUUCACCAGUGUUACACCGGUCUUGACACCUGUACAGAGUGGUAAGUGACUCACUACCUUUGAGAUUAUUUUGAAAUUGUACAACGGAACGCUGGACUAACGUGAUCAUUUGUGUAGUUCUCUCACCAGCUCAUCAAGAAGAAUUCCGAGGUUUCUCCUACUCGGCAGAUUUCAUCUAGGCGGGGAAGAGGAAGGGGACGAGGAUUAAAACGAGACACAUGAGAAACAGUGUAGUUGAUGAAAUCGAUGAAUCGAUGAAACGAGGACCACGCAUGACCAUUCACGGGAUGAAUGGAAGCUGGGGGGAAAGGUCCAAUGGUCCAAUAAUGCAGAACGAACAAAAGUCCGCCCCCGUCGCCUUCGUCGUUUGGGUUGAUCAUUCAGGAUUGAUUGAUUGAUGGAUUGAUUGAUAUGAUCCAUUUAGAAUCUCACACCGACAAUCCUAGUCUGGUCGGGGGGGAGACUUGGCUUUUCUCUCUGUAGCAUCAAAUACCCAUUGCACGAGCGUGUUCUUACAAGUUCAACUUUUGGUUUUUUGCUAUCUUCAUCAAUGAGCACAGGAAGACCAUGGAUGAAAAAAGUUUGAUUGAACAUAAGUAUAUGUAGAACCCGAACUUAAGUACCGAAACAUACCCUCCUCUCACCAGAACUACAAUCACCCCUCAAUCACGAAAGGG